UCAGCAUAGCUUCUGAGGUUUGCACAAGGCUGAGAACGCCUCGUGCUUUGCCAAGGACAUGUGGCUGGAAGAGAAGAUACACAUUGCGAGUAUCAUUGGGUAGAGUACAGAUCUUGACGUCGAGAGGAUCGUCUGUGGCAUAUCCACUGCAUCUGUUGGGGGGCCGAUGCUCGUAACUAGGCUGUGGGAGAAGACAGAGAAAGAUGUAUUUCAGCUGCUGAAGGUGCUCAGUGUAUUCAACCUUUCUUGCACCUGCUAAUUCCCCUUUCACCGUCGCAUUGAUAGGAGAAGAGCUGCUAUCAUGCUAUCCGUAAUGCGUUCAUACACUUGGUUCGCAUGCCUUCUUGCGAUCGUCACCCACACCUCCGGGCAAUCAGACAGCGACAGAUGCGAAGGCAACACCACCACCUACCACGAUUUCAACCUCACCGUACCUUUUCAAAAUCUAUGCGGAAAAGACAUCGGCGCCAAAGUGGACUUCGAAGACCCCACCUUCGAAGAAACUUGGUCUGAUUGCAUGGGCCGCUGCGUCAGGAAGGAGCCGCUAUGUUAUGGCUUCGACUUCCGUCCUCUCGGCGCAACAGACUAUGAGAAUUGUUGGCUCAUGAACGCUACUUUUGAUGCGGCGACGGCCGUGUAUCCCGGGUUUGUGAUUGAUGCCGCGAUGUUGGCACCGGAUCUUGUGGAGGGGUUGGAUGAUGAUUGUCGGAGAUUAGGGCUGCGGGGGUGCUUUUUGAAGAACGGAAGGUUGGAGAAGGUGACGGCUUCCUCGACUUCUCCCACGUCGACGCCGUCAACUACAUCCACCAACACGGCGGCGGCAUCCACCAAUUCAAAGAGUCUUCCCAACGGCGCAAAGGGAGGAAUCGCAGCCGGCAUCGUGGCUUUGGCGGUAUUCGUAGCCUUACUCAUAGCCUUUGUAUGUAUCAGGCGACGCAAACAAAGAGCGCGGGGGUAUAGCUUCGAUGAAAGCGCAGCUGAGGUCUCAGCUCAUCACCAAAUUGUGGAACUGCUGGCCCACAAAGGAUCAUACAGUACAGCUGAACUUCCAUGCCAAGAAAUUGCACAGGAACUUCAAGGUACCGAGGGCUCCAAAGUGCCUAUACCGGUAGGAGAGCUUGAAGGGAGUUCACCGAAGAAACCAGAAACAAGGUUUGAAGAAGUGGUGGUGGACGCUAGAACACAUAGACUCUGCCCUUGUCCGCCAGCAACCUGAAUUUGAGAAAUGGCAUGUGCAAACCUCGCUCCCUCACCCCAUUUAACCACCGCGUGCCGUGACGAUCUCCGUUCAAACACCAUCAACAAGUGAGACACCUGCAAUCUAAAACCCACCUUACCCUGCACAACCGCGGGCAACCCUUACGUGGGCUGUGUAAACAAGGCUGCGCACAGCCGACCUUAUCCACAUGCAGACUAAGGCCCCCAAACAAAAAACCGCCGCUUUAGCGCAACAAAUGGAUCACCGUAUCCGCGCACUCAUACUGGA